UCGGGCACCCAGGCAGCUCCUGACGUGUCGGGGAGGAGCCGGGCGCGGAGGUGCGCCGAGUGGAGCUCUGGGCUGCGGAGGGGAGCGGAGCUGAGAAGCUGGGCGGGCCUGGCCAGGCCAGCGGAGCAGAGACGUCGGUCGAGCGGCGGCGAACAUGCGUUUUUGACACUUUGGAGGCUUUCUUGAUCAUGGAUGGUGAAGAUAUACCAGAUUUUUCAAGUUUAAAGGAGGAAACUGCUUACUGGAAGGAACUUUCUUUGAAGUAUAAACAAAGCUUCCAGGAAGCUCGGGAUGAGCUAGUUGAAUUCCAGGAAGGAAGCAGAGAAUUAGAAGCAGAGUUGGAGGCACAGUUAGUACAGGCUGAACAAAGAAACAGAGACUUGCAAGCUGAUAACCAAAGACUGAAAUAUGAAGUGGAGGCAUUAAAGGAGAAACUAGAACAUCAAUAUGCACAGAGCUACAAGCAAGUCUCGGUAUUAGAAGAUGAUUUAAGUCAGACUCGGGCCAUUAAGGAACAGUUACACAAGUAUGUGAGAGAGCUGGAGCAGGCCAAUGAUGACCUGGAGCGAGCCAAAAGGGCAACAAUAGUUUCACUGGAAGACUUUGAACAAAGGCUAAAUCAGGCCAUUGAACGAAAUGCAUUUUUAGAAAGUGAACUUGAUGAAAAGGAAUCUUUGUUGGUCUCUGUACAGAGGUUAAAGGAUGAAGCAAGAGAUUUAAGGCAAGAACUAGCAGUUCGAGAAAGACAACAGGAAGUAACCAGAAAGUCAGCUCCUAGUUCUCCAACUCUAGACUGUGAAAAGAUGGAUUCUGCCGUCCAAGCAUCACUGUCUUUGCCAGCUACUCCUGUUGGCAAAGGAACAGAAAAUAGUUUUCCUUCACCGAAAGCUAUACCAAAUGGUUUUGGUACCAGUCCACUAACUCCUUCUGCUAGGAUAUCAGCACUAAACAUCGUGGGAGAUCUCUUACGGAAAGUAGGGGCUUUAGAAUCCAAAUUAGCAGCUUGCAGGAAUUUUGCAAAGGACCAAGCAUCACGAAAAUCCUAUAUUUCAGGGAAUGUUAAUUGUGGGGUGAUGAAUAGCAACGGCACAAAGUUCUCUCGAUCAGGGCAUACGUCUUUCUUCGAUAAAGGGCAAGAAAAAGUCAUAUUUCCCACGUUGUUCAUGGGUAACUGAGUUUGUUUGCUGGCAGUAAACGGCUUUGACCCGGCUCCUGCUGCUCCUGGCCUGGGCUCCUCGCGCCCGUCGUCAGCACCGGGUAUGCUGCCUCUCAGCGUGUGAGUGCCCGGCCUCCAGGUGGGGGCUCCCGCCCUCCUGCAACAACCCAGGACACCCACGCCUCACCCCUCGGUGCCUGGGCCCAGCCCCGUGCCCCUCCAUCUGCCUCCCCUAGCUGGCAGAGGGCAGGCUGCAUGCAGUGGCGGCUGCUGGGCCCCGUCUAGCCCCAGGACUCUGCGCGAUAUCAAUACUGGCUAUUUUCUCUUCUCGCCGUAGUGCCGUUGGUUUCACAUGAUUGCACUUUUGUGGGUCACAAGGUGAUACAUACGUGUAUUACUUGGUCACUGGAUGCGGAAGCACCCGUUCAUCACACCUGCCUCAUAGCCCCCACCCUGCUGUACCGGUAGGAUUUAGUCGUGUUUAGGACAUUGCAGAUCUCCUAGAAAUUCUCCCCCAAAUCAGGUCCACGUGUGUCCCCUGAGCUCCCACCAUGUUUCCAAGUGCUCAUGAUCAUGUCUCCCCAGUUCCGCCCCGCACAGUUUGGGCCUGUUUGGCAAAGAGUCAGGAAGGUCACUGAAUUAGGGAACAUUUUCUGCACCUCCUGAUUUUAUCUAAGCAGUUACCAUUCCCUAGACUUGCCUCCAAAGCAGCAAAAUGCCUGUCUGGGCUCUUGGUGGCAGGAGCCUCCGGGGCCCGGGCACACACAGGGCUGAGCCUCUGUGCCGCCGCCUCCUCCAUGUGCCUCAGACUUAGGCUGGAGGGUGGCAGCCAUCUCGCCAGCUUUCUGGUCCUUCAGUUAAAUGCCAUCUUCAGAACGCUUUUGUUUUCUCUCCCGAGGGCCCGUCCACUUGUGUUCGGAAGGGUUGAGUGGCCUGAUUCCGGGGCUGGCUGGUGCCCGCUCCUGGGAGCAGACUGACCAAAAGUGGUUGUCCCUGUGCAUCCUUUGAUUACUCUCAUGCUGCAUUUACUGUUUACAUUUGUUUUAUUGUACAUAGGUUUGUAAACAUUAUUGCCUGAGAUAUUUGUAUAUACCUUGGGCUUUGUAGCUAUUAUUUAUUCAGAACUCAUAUGGCAUGUUAAUGACUUACGAUGGUGUCCUACUGUGGGCAGCUGUAUAGGAUCAUCAUGUGGUUAAAAAAAUACUUCCCCUCAAAAACAAUCUUUUAAUGUGGAAACAAUAAAUUUCACAGAAAAAAAAAAA